CAAAACUUACUAAAAGUAUUCCAAACACACCAAAACAUGUUAUCAUUAGUGGCAGAUUACGAUACUACAUCUUCCUCCAGCAGUGAUGAGUAUGAAACAGAACAUGAAGGGGCAGAGGUGAAGCAAUCCAAAACAGUCAGCUCUCCCACAACUGCAAAGUUGUCCACCCCAUUACUAUUGCCCAGUGCCAAUUUGCUACUUAGUAGAGGAUCCUCCAAGAGUGCGGGCGAUGUGUUUAGCAAUCCAUUUCUAGAAGCAGAAAAAUUAGAAAUAGAUAAAUUACAAAAGCAUGUGAAAAUGGUCGAUUCUGAAAAUCAUUUGUUGCAAAAGAAUGGCCGUAAAAUAUGUUGGAAUAAUCGCAAGGGACGCUGCAGAUUUGGUAAUAAAUGUAAAUAUGCUCAUGAUUCGGAUUUGGUAGAUGUCAAUGAGGUUGCUGAUGGAAGUAAACAGAUUGUAAAUAAAGAGUUUAAAACAACAGCCGCCACAAACCCAUUUUUAACUAAAUCCUCCCAAACAUUUGAAGACCACACAACAGAACCAGGAGUAACUGAAUCCAACGACAAGCUUAAAAAUCGAAAACGUGCCGGUUUGGGAGACAGUAUUGUACCGGGAAAACGUGUUAUGAAAACAUAUAAUCAAACAAAAAAAUCAACGUAAUAGUUUUUAGACUACACCUUCCGGCUGUAAUCUCACCGAACAGCUAAGAUAGCUGGGACCCCAUGUACUUUUUAUUAAUUUAAUGACACGCAGAGUAGAAUCUAAUUUAUAACCAACAUCUUCUUUUUCGGGAAAUUCUAAUGACAAACGCAAAUGAGGUUUACUUAACCAAAAAUUACCUAAAACAGGACGAUAAUCGAGAGAGUGUGAAGCCGAUUUUUCAUUAACCAAUUCCAUAUCAUCAGCUUCAAUAAUAUCGGAAAUAUCAUUGUCAUUGGGAGCAGCAAAGGCUAAAAUUAGAAAUUAAUUUGAAAAAAACAAACAAAUAAAAUAUGAAAAAUAGUAGUAAUUAUUAA